UAAAGGGAGAGGACAGGGAGAGGGAGGAGGGGGGAUAGAGGAGGGAGAGAGAGGAGAGAGGGAGGGAGGAAGAAUAGAUAGAGAAGGAGGGUGGAUAGGGAAGGGGAGAGAGAGAAGGAGGGAGAUGGAGAGGAAGGGAUAAAGGGUGAGAUAGAGAGAGGGAAAGAAAGAGAUAGAGAGAUAUAGAGAGAAAGGGGAUAGAGAUAUAGAGGGAGAUACACAAAUAUAAAGGAUAGAGAGAACAAGAGAGGUAGAGGGGGAGAUAAGUGAGGAUAGAAAGUGGAAUAGAGUGAGAUAUAAAGGGACAGAGAGAGAGGGAUAAAAUAGAUAGAGAGAAUAGAGGGGGGAUAAACAUAUCGAGAGAAAGAGACAGAGAGGGGCAUAGGGAGGGAGAAGAGCAACGGAGGGAGAAUAGGGAAGGGAUAGAGUGAAAGGUUUGAGGUCAAAGCAGGAUAGAGAGGUGGGGAAUUAAAAACCAAGGGACGAAGCAAAGUAAUUGAAGUCGGGAUAGACAUAGAAAAAGUAGUGCUUGAGGGGUACAAAGAUGACAAGAUCGAAGGGAAUGAAUUAAAGGGGGCAAUAGGUAUAGAGGGAGAGAGAAAGGGGGAAAGGCAGAAGUGAGGUCAGUAGAUAGGAGUGAAGGACAGCGAUAAAGGAGGGAAUAGAGAGACGGGCAUACAGUGGCUGACAGACACGUGAAGAGGGAGACUGAGGCAGGGAUAGUAUAAAAGAAUAUAACUAACAAUAGCAUAUUGUGGUGCUAGAGGGCUAGAGGAGGACAGACAUAGAGUGACGUCCCUGAGAGAGGGCAAAACCUGAAAAACUGUGAGCACAGAAACCAGGAGGUUUGAGUCCGAACAGGUGAGAGUCACCUGGAGGGAAGCCUGAGCCAGCAGCACCAUGUCAGUGACCGAGUCUGAGGAGCUGGAAGAAGAACAGGGCCCUUAUUUAGGGGAAUAUGAAGGCGAGCGGAAUGCAGAAAACGAGAGGCAUGGACAAGGUAAAGCGGUGCUGCCCAAUGGGGACACAUAUGAAGGAUCCUAUGAGCAUGGCAAACGUCAUGGGAUGGGAACAUAUAGAUUUAAGAAUGGAGCACGUUAUGUGGGAGAGUACUUGCAGAACAAAAAGCAUGGCCAGGGAGUCUUCUAUUAUCCAGAUGGGUCUAAGUAUGAAGGGAGUUGGGCAAACGAUCAACGGCAUGGAGAGGGAAUUUACUUCUAUCCAAACGGUGAUACAUACAGUGGAGAAUGGCUUGCUCACCAAAGGCAUGGUCAGGGAACCUACAUGUAUGCGCUGACAGGAUCUAAAUACGUGGGAAACUGGGUUCAUGGAAAACAAGUAGAGGCUGGGGAGCUCAUUCACCUCAAUCACCGAUACCAGGGCAAUUUUCUCAAUAAUAAUCCUACCAGUCGAGGGAAAUACAUCUUUGACUUUGGAUGUGAGCAGCAUGGUGAAUAUCUUCAGAUAGAACAGGACAAGACUGAAGAAGAAAUAGAGGAGGAAGAAUCUGUAACUAUGACUGUCCUGAAGUGGAAAGCAGAGAAGAUCUCAGGAUUGACUUUGUAUUCACCAACAUUUGAGACUAAACUCACAAAAGAAGCUGAAGAGAAAGCUGCCGAAGAGGCAAAGGCAGCUGUGACAGAUGUGCCUGAUUCCGAGACUCCUGUGACAGACGCUGUUGAGAUGGAGGUCCCAGCAACAGAUGCCCCUGAGGCAGAGGCCCCUGCGACAGAGGCUGCCGAGGCAGUUGCACCAGCAGCAGAUGCCGAGGGGGCAGAAGCACCACCGACAGAUCCUCUUGGGACGGAGGUUCCGAUUCCGGCAACUGAUCCCUCUGAGACGGACGAUCCUGGGGAGAAGGCCAAAGAUGCAGAAGAUGCAGACACGCCUGAGGUAAUUCCUGAGGAUGACACCGCAGUAUUGGAGGAAGGUGCUGAGGGAACUGCAGAAGCUGGACCUGAGGGAGACUGAAGUGUGAGACCAUGUAGAAGAAACCAAAGACUGUACAGAGUUUUAUGGAGAAGAAGAUUAGGCCAGGAAUAUCAUUCACGCACAGGCUGGAAAUAUUGAACAAUUUACAAAAAUAUGUAGAAACGGGUGCAGUGACAGACUUUACUGAUUGUCACUGGAGGGUGUUUUAACAAGUGUAGGAGGGUGUGCUGUAGUGUGAAUCAACAUUCUGUAUAAAAUAAUUUCUUCAAAAAUAAAUGUUGGUUGUAAAGGUUUAGAAAUUUUUCAUGGUUGUUGCAAAGAAUGCUCCCCAGCAAAACCAGCUGGAGCUGGUAGUUACAGGAGUCCAUUCCAGAACUUGGCAUUUGAAUCAACCAUUUCACCACUCCUUGAAGGGACAUUAAACAUGGUGAUUGGCUUAUUAUUGUCACAUGUACCAAGAUAAAGUGAAAAGUUUCUGUUUGCGUGCCAUCCAGACAGAUUGUUCCAUAUAUAAGUACCUCGAGGUAGUACAAAAGGAAAACAGAAUGCAGAAUAUAGUGUUACAGAGAAAGUGCAGUGCAGGUAGACAAAUAAAGUGCAAGGGCCAAGACGAGAUAGAUUGAGAGAUCAAAAGUUCAUCUUUAUCAUAUAAGAGGUACAUUCAAGAUUCUUGUAACAGCGGUAUAGAAGCUGUCCUUGAGCCUGGUGGUAUGUGCCUGAAAUAUCAGAGAAUGACCCAGGUCAGCACAGGAAUCUAUCACUUUGCCUGAGAAGCAUUAAAUGAAAAAUUGCUCAGUCUGAUAUGCUAGUUUAUCCUUUCUCAACAUAGAGCCAAUCACCUUUGAGCUCACAUCCAGCCAAGACACAGGGAAUAGAAGUGCCUUCUGCCUAAUCUGCCUCUCUGAACUGUCCAUCGGUCCCACUCACGGUCCCUCUCUCAGCACUCCAACCCCUGACUCUCCCCAUAGCCCAGCCAAUUUCUCCUUUUUAAGGACUUAUCCAAUACCCAAAGAAAGUUGCUAUUGGAAUUUGCUUGCACCAUCCUUUCAGGCUUCAUGAACCAGAUCUCCCUGUCUAAAAUGUCCAUUCUCUUCUCCCCAGUGUUUUUUUUUAACCAUUUGUUGUAACUUCGUGUUCCCUGGUUACUGAUCCUCCUACCACUGGAAACAGUCUCCCAAUAUUUACCAUCACAAACUCAUUCAUAUUUUUGAAGAUCUGUAAGAUAUUUAUUUAUUUGUCACAUGUACAUCGAAACACACAGUGAAAUGUGUCUUUUUGCGUUACUGAGAAUGUGCUGGGGGCAGCCCACAAGCAUUGCCACUCUUCUGACACCGACAUAGCAUGCCUACAGCUCCCAAACUAUACGUCUUUGGAAUGUGGGAGGAAACUGGAGCAGCCGGAGGAAACACACGCAGACACGGGGAGAACGUACAAACUCCUUGCAGACAGCGGCGGAAUUGAUCCCCGGUCGCUGGCGCUGUAAUAGCGUUACGCUAACUGCUACACUACCGUGCCCUAAAUGAAGCAGGAAAAGUCAAUAAGAUUGUUAAAAAGAUAUAAGGUGUAUUUAAAAAGGCAAAAAAGAUGCUAUCCUUUAUUAGAGAUAAUGGGAGGUGAUGUCAAAAAUGUACAGUUAGGUCACGACUUCAGUGAGAAAGUAUUGGAUAUGCCAGAGUUAUUUCCUUCGGAACAGAUGAGGCUAAGAAGAGAUUAAACUGAGGUGUAUAAACUAUAGGAGUAGACAGAGUAAAUAGAAAGUACGUAUUUCCUUAGCAGAGGAUCCAAGCACCAGGGGGCAUAGUUUUAGAACAAGAGAAUUGAAGGAAAAAGUCUUCUACCAGGUAGUGGCUGGGGAUUGGAAUUCACUGUCUGAAAGGGUGGAAGAAACAGGAAACCUUGUCACAUUUAAAGGAUACUUGGAGAUGUAUUUGAAGAGCUGUGACAUGCAAGGCUGCAGACCAAGUGCUGGGCAGUGGGAUUCGGCUGGGUGGCUCUCUUUUAACCACAGGUUCAAUGGGCUGUACUGUAUGUAAGUAAAUUUUCUAUGAUUCAAUCUCCCUUUAACACAAAAGCAAAAUAUUGCUAUGCCUAGAAAUGUGAAUUAAAUAUAGGAAGAUCCUGAAAGCAGCAGGAGAUAAGGGAGAAUCUAUGGAAGGGGUAUAGCA